AUGGGACGGGACAUCAAGGUCCUCGUAUUUGGAGACCAGUCGGAAGAAAGACUCGACGAUCUACGCCAGCUGGUCACAGUUAGCGACAACCCGCUCCUGACCACCUUCUUCGACAAGGCCUAUAUCACCCUGCGAGAGGAAGUCAACCACCUCCCUUUUCUGACCAAAGGCUUGCCGGGUUUCACGAGCAUAGAGACUCUCCUAUGGCGGUAUGGGGAGGCCGGUGUGCGACACCCAGCAAUUGAGAGCGCAUUGGUGUGCAUUCAUCAGAUUGCCACGUUGUUGAGACACUUUGGAGAUGGAUCCGAAGUCUAUCCUAAGCCCGCAGAUACACGGCUUGUGGCAUCAUGCACCGGUCUACUGUCCGCGGCGGCAGUCAGCUGUGCACGUACCUACCGAGAGCUUGUAUCCAUUGCGGUAGAGACUCUCAAGCUUGCCUUCAGAGUUGGCGCGCAGGUUGCCCAGGUCUGCGAUGAGAUCGAGCAGACAUCUCUACCAUUAUGCUGGGCAGCAAUCUUCCCCGGCGUGGGCAAAGAAGAUGCGUUCCUGGCCCUGGAGGAGUACGCCGAGAAAACCGGCAUCCCUCCGACCAGCAGACCUUAUGUUUCUGCAACCAGUCUCAACUCGGUCACAAUCAGUGCACCGCCUGGAGACCUGGAGAAUCUGAUUGAAGCCAAAAUCUUCAAUUCCUCUAGACCAAUUCGCCUCCCCAUUUUUGGCCCAUAUCAUGCUCCUCACUUCUACAAUGAUGAGAUUGUAGCUUCUCUGGCGGCUUCGAUUGAGGAUUCAAUCACUGGUGAGUGGGAAGCACGGAUCCCAAUCAUCAACAACGGCAAGCACAACGCCUACGAGGCGUCAAAUUUCCGUCAAUUGGUGGAAGAAGUCUUGGAGGACAUCCUUUUUAAGCCCCUCCACUGGGAAAGACUGUGCGACAACUGUGUCGCGAGUGUGGCCUCAGCCGAGCCAGAACAGUGCCGGGUCGUUCCCAUAGGCGCCAAGAAUGCCUCAGCUAGUCUUGUCAACGCCUUGAACCAAAAGGCCUCGUUCAAGAUUAUGGUCGACAACCGCAAGACGGAAGCUACCGACGAGCCAAAGGAACCAGACCCCAUCGGAAGUCGUGGCAAGCCAAAGAUCGCCAUCGUUGGUAUGGCUGGCAGGUUCCCUGAUGCCAUGAGUCCCAGUCUAUUUUGGGACCUUCUCAAAAAAGGCCUGGACGUUCACCGAGAAGUCCCGCCUGAUCGAUUCGACGCCCAAGCACACUACGAUCCCGCCGGAAAGCGCAAAAAUACCAGUCACACUCCAUAUGGAUGUUUUAUUGAGCAUCCUGGUCUCUUUGACUCACGAUUCUUCAAUAUGAGUCCCAAAGAAGCGGCCCAGACGGACCCUAUGCACCGCUUGGCACUCUUAACUGCAUAUGAAGCACUGGAGAUGUCAGGGUUUGUGCCUAAUAGGACACCCUCAACAAAGGUCGACAGGGUCGGCACGUUCUAUGGACAGACCUCUGACGACUGGCGUGAGAUUCAAGACGGACAGAACAUCCAGACGUAUUUCAUUCCAGGGGGCGUAAGAGCUUUUGCGCCGGGUCGUAUCAACUACCACUUUGGCUUCUCAGGGCCUAGCUUCAGCGUUGACACGGCAUGUUCUUCCAGCCUUGCCGCUAUCAAUAUUGCUUGCAAUAGCCUCUGGCUUGGGGACUGUGACACCGCCCUCGCGGGUGGACUCAACGUGUUGACGAAUCCCGACAUCUUCUCAGGUCUCUCUCGCGGACAGUUUCUGUCCAAGACUGGGAAUUGCAAAACCUUCGAUGAUGGCGCUGAUGGUUAUUGUCGCGGCGACGGUGCCGGCACGGUCAUCCUGAAACGUCUCGAAGAUGCUGAGGCUGACAACGACCCGAUUCUGGCUGUCAUCCUAGGCACAGGUACCAACCACUCGGCCGAUGCGGUCUCAAUCACUCACCCUCAUGCCGGCGCUCAAGAGUAUCUCUUCAAGAAAGUGUUGACGGAAUCAAGCCUCGACCCUCACGAUGUGUCGUACGUGGAAAUGCAUGGCACUGGCACACAGGCUGGUGAUGCGAUCGAGAUGGAGUCGGUCUUGAACGCUUUUGCUCCGGCCUCCCGCCAACGCAGUCCAGAUCACCCUCUCUAUCUUGGCUCUGUCAAAGCUAACGUCGGACACGGCGAGGCUGCUUCAGGCAUCACGGCCCUCGUCAAGAUUCUGCUUAUGCUCGAGAACAACCUUAUCCCCCCUCACUGUGGUAUCAAGGGCGAAAUAAACCACAACUUUCCUGAUCUCGGCGCCCGAAACGUUCACAUCUCGCUGGGUCGGGAGACGGCCUGGAGACGGCCUGAAGGCGGCAAACGCAGAUUCUUCUUGAACAAUUUUAGUGCCGCGGGUGGAAAUACCUCCCUUCUCAUGGAGGAUGGAGCCCAACACCCCUUGGAAGGCGAAGAUCCUCGUUCUACAGCCGUUGUUGCGGUUGCUGGAAAGACCAAGAAGUCGUUAGUCGAGAACACGAAGAAUCUGAUCGGGUAUAUCUCCGAAAACAAAAAUGUCGACCUUCCAAGUCUGUCGUACACAACCACAGCUCGGAGAGAGCACUACUCCUACAGAACUAUCGUCACCGGCUCAGAUAUGGCUCAUAUCGAAUCAGCCCUCAGGAAAGCCCUUGAUUCCGAGCCGGCAGCGGUCCCUUCAGGCAUCCAGGUCGUGUUUGCGUUCACCGGCCAAGGUUCACACUACACCGGGAUGGGCAGACAGCUCUACGAGACCAACAGCCAAUUCAGGGCUGACAUCCGGCGCUUUGAUUUGUUGGCUCGGAAUCAAGGAUUGCCAGCCAUCUUGCCCUUGGUCGACGGCAGCACUGAGAUCGAGAAGCUCAGUCCAGUGGUCGUUCAAACUGGCGCCGUCUGCGUCCAAAUUGCGCUCGUUCGCCUCUGGCAAUCAUGGGGCAUCAAACCUGCGGCUGUGAUCGGCCACAGCCUGGGAGAAUAUGCGGCGUUGCAAGCUGCAGGUGUCCUUUCAAUCAAUGAUGCUAUCUUCUUGACGGGUACACGAGCCAAGUGCCUCGAAGCACAUUGCACUCAAAACACUCACGCCAUGUUGUCAGUUGUUGCCUCGGUCGAAGAGAUUGAGAGCUUCAUUGAUAGCAAGACCCUCGAGAUUGCCUGCAUCAAUGGCCCGAAGGCCACCGUAAUCAGUGGCGAGUCUUCCAACAUCGACAAGCUAAAGGAGCAAGUGUCUGCGAAGGGUAUGAAGUCCACCAAGCUGGCAGUGCCAUUCGCCUUUCAUUCCGCCCAGGUGGAGCCUGCUCUUGACGACUUUGAAUCUGCUGCUGCAGGAGUCACCUACAAUGCCCCCAAGAUCCCGCUGAUCGCUCCACUCUUGAGCACUGUGGUUACCGAGAAAGGAACCAUCAACGCAGAGUAUUUGAGACGCCAUUGCCGCGAACCCGUCAAGUUCUUGGGUGCUCUUCAAGCUGCGAAGGAGAAGGGCGUUGUCAAGGACAAGUCUCAAUUCGUCGAGAUCGGCGGCCACUCCAUUUGCAGUGGUAUGGUCAAAUCCGUCCUCGGCUCAACGACAGUGGCCCUUCCAUCCUUGAAACGAGACGAGGACGUCUACAAGACGCUUACAGGAACCCUGUCUGCUCUACACAUGGCUGGUCUCAAAAUCAACUGGAACAACUACCACGAGAGUUUCCCCAGGUGCCAUCACUGCUUGAAGCUGCCGACAUAUGCUUGGGACGCCAGUAACUACUGGAUCGAGUACGAGAACAACUGGACGCUCACCAAAACCAACGUGGCCGCAAAUGACCAAGACAGCCAGACCACAAAGCUCAGCACAAGCACAGUCCAACGAAUUGUUACAGAGAAAUUCCAGGGCCAAACUGGGACGCUGACCACGGAAACCGACAUCUCCAAGCCGGAGCUUGAGGAAACCAUCAAGGGUCACCUCGUCAAUGGCUCGGCCUUGACGUCCAGUGCUGUCUAUGCAGACAUGGCCCUGACCAUCGGGGACUAUGUCCACCGCAAAUUACAGCCUGAGAUCGAGGGUUUUGCGUUGAACUGCGCCAACAUGGUCGUUGAGAAGCCUCUCAUCUUCAAAGGUGGGGAGCAGCUCCUGCGUGUGGACUGCGAGGCAGAUCUUACGCAGGCAAUUUGCCAUAUGACAUUCUACAGUGUUGGUCCAAAGGGCCAGAAGCUCUUGGAGCAUGCUCAUUGCGAGGUGCGAUAUGGAGAUUCCAAUUCGUGGUCAAAGGAGCUAGCUCGACAGCAGUAUUUGGUGCAGAGUCAAGUGGACCGCCUUCUGCAGAUGGGCCAGAACGGCGUACUCAGCCGGCUGCAACGCAAGAUGGCCUACAAGCUGUUCUCUGCCCUCGUUGACUACCAAAAUGCUUACAAGGGAAUGGCAGAGGUCAUCCUCGACAGUCCCUUGCGGGAAGGGACCGCCAGGAUCGAACUCCAGACUGGCAGUGCGGGUAAUUUCUACAUGCCGCCUUACCACAUCGACAGCCUCUGUCAUCUUGCAGGCUUCAUCAUGAACGCCAAUGACGAACUCGAUUCGGCACAGACCGUGUAUGUCAACCACGGUUGGGACUCGUUGCGCUUCUUUGAGAAGCCAUCGCCAUCGAAGACUUACCGCUCCUACGUCAGAAUGCAACCUACUGGUCCCGAUUCCAAGGACUAUUCUGGCGAUGUCUUUGUCUUCGACGCAGAGGGCAACAUCGUUGGGCAGAUUGGAGGCCUGACCUUCCAAUUCCUACCCAAGCAAGUUCUCGACCGAGUCUUGCCUCCCGCUGGCGGUAAGGCAACAGCUGCUCCAGCGCCAGCCAAGAAACCGGCCUCCGAGCCGAAGAAGACUGCGCCGAAAGCCACAGCCAAGCCAAAGGUAGCUCCUUCCGGUCCAAGCAUCAUGAACAAGGCACUCAACAUCAUGGCUGAAGAGAUCGGCGUGUCCGUUGACGAGUUGACCGAUGACACUGAUCUCGGUGCCUUGGGGGUUGACUCGUUGAUGAGUCUGACCAUCUCGGGCAAGUUCCGGGAAGGGCUGGACAUUGAAAUCCCCUCCACCCUGCUGGCCGAUUCCGAGACAUUCAAGCAGGUGAGGGACUUCUUGACCCAGUUCGAGUCCAAGGAUGGAGGCGAUGCCACGCCUUCCUCGCCGUCAGCAGGUUCUUCGGACGAUUCUAGGUCUUCCACUCCCGCUGCAGCGGAUACCGAGUCCAUGACCUCAGCCUCCCAGCCCGAUGAGAAACCAAGCGGGGAGGCUGGUGGCAAGCUCGAGGCCAUCCGCGCCGCCAUCGCCGAAGAGACUGGCAUGGAUCCGUCCGAAGUUACGUCGGACAUGGACCUUGAAGCCAUGGGCAUCGACUCUUUGAUGUCUCUCCAGAUUUUGGGCAUCCUCCGAGAAGACAAGGACAUCGACCUCCCACCCUCGUUCUUCAGCGACCAUGCCACCUUCGGCGACAUCGAAAAGGCCAUGGGUGGGGAAGGUACGCAGGCCUCCAAGCCCAAACUGCCCGCCAAGUCCGAGGAGAUGUCGACCGAGCAGGUCGUUGCCGAGAUGCAAACCAACAAGGGCCAACAAUCAGCUGGACCCCCGAAGGAGCAACAGGCGGCCCCAGCGCCCAGCGCCCAGAAGAAGACCUACAGGGCAUCAUCGGUCCUGUUGCAAGGUAAUCCCAAGACGGCCACGAAGACGGUGUUCAUGUUCCCCGACGGCUCCGGCUCCGCCAUCAGCUACGCCACCAUCCCGCCGAUCUCGCCCAAGGACGUUGCCCUGGUCGCUCUCAACUGCCCUUACAUGAAGGACCCGGAGGCAUUCGAGGGCGGGAUCCCCGGAGUCACAGCUUUGUACCUGGAAGAGAUCCGUCGUCGCCAGCCCCAGGGACCUUACAUCCUCGGGGGCUGGUCCGCAGGGGGUAUCUGCGCCUACGAAGCCUGCCUGCAACUGUCGGCCAUGGGCGAAUCAGUCGAGAAGCUCAUCUACCUGGACGUGCCGUGUCCGCUUCCACCCCAGGCACUCCCACCGCGGCUGCACCACUUCUUCGACUCGAUCGGUCUGCUGGGCCAGGAAGGCGAAGCCCCCGACUGGCUGAUCCCGCACUUCACCGCCACCAUCAAGGCCCUCAGCAGCUACCGUCCCCGCGUGAUGGAUCCGGCCAAGGAGUCCAUCCCGACCGUGUACACUGUCUACGCGCAGGACGGCGUGUGCAAGCACGACGACGACCCACGCCCGGAGCUCACGCCCGAGGACCCGCCGCAUAUGAAAUGGCUGCUCUUCAACCGUGAGGACUUUGGGCCGCUGGGCUGGGAGAACCUGUUUGGCGGCUCCGACCGUAUUGUCGGCUUGGAGUCGAUCCCCAACGUCAAUCACUUUACGAUGAUGCGCGAGCCCAUGGUCAGCGAGAUUCCCAGCCGGAUUCGCAAAGCUCUAGGCGUGAGUGGCGAUGAGUGA